GCGGUGGAGAACGUCUGGAAAGGAGACUCCAGGCUGGGUCGCGGUGGGAAUCUGGAAGCGUCUGUUUCUCUGUGGCGUCGGGUUCGCGAGCGGAGUCCGUCGGUCCCGCCGAGCGCUCCCGAGACGGGGCAGAGUUCUAAGGGUUUUGACUUUGGCCUAGCUUCAUUUCUGAAUCCUCCGUGUUGAGAUCGGACAGUGCGUUUGGCCUGUUUCAGGGGUGACAGGGGAUCCCAUCCCCGUGCAUUUUAAUUAGGGCACGCCACUCAACCACGUGUUUGCGAUGGAAUUUCUGAAGACUUGUGUGCUUCGGAGAAAGGCAUGUACCACGGUUUGCUUCUGGAGAAGCCAAGUUAUACAAAAGCUUUCCGUUAGAAAGAUCGGUACUACCUCUCCGAGGAGCACUGUCAUGCCCGCGUGGGUGAUAGACAAAUACGGGAAGAAUGAAGUGCUUCGAUUUACUCAGAACAUGAGGAUGCCCAUCAUACACUAUCCGAACGAAGUCAUUAUCAAAGUGCACGCUACGAGUGUAAAUCCCAUAGAUGUUAAUAUGAGAAGUGGUUAUGGAGCUGCAGCUUUAAAUAUGAAACGUGACCCUUUACAUAUUAAAAUCAAAGGAGAAGAAUUCCCCCUGACUCUGGGUCGGGAUGUCUCUGGUGUGGUGAUGGAAUGUGGACUUGAUGUGAGGUACUUCAAGCCUGGAGAUGAGGUCUGGGCUGCAGUUCCUCCCUGGAAACAAGGCGCACUCUCAGAGUUUGUUGUAGUCAGUGGGAAUGAGGUCUCUCACAAGCCCAGAUCACUCACUCAUACUCAAGCUGCCUCUUUGCCAUAUGUGGCUCUCACAGCCUGGUCUGCCAUAAACAAGGUUGGCGGCCUGAAUGAAAAAAAUUGCGCAGGAAAACGUGUUUUAAUCUUGGGUGCUUCAGGUGGAGUUGGUACUUUUGCUAUACAGGUAAUGAAAGCAUGGGAUGCUCAUGUGACAGCAGUUUGCUCUCAGGAUGCCAGUGGACUUGUAAAGAAGCUUGGGGCAGAUGAUGUAAUUGAUUACAAAUCUGGAAAUGUGGAAGAAAAGUUGAAAUCUUUAAAACCGUUUGAUUUUAUCCUUGAUAAUGUUGGUGGGUCCACUGAAACGUGGGCUCUAAAUUUACUCAAGAAAUGGUCAGGAGCCACAUACGUGACUUUGGUGACUCCUUUUCUCCUGAACAUGGACCGGUUGGGCGUAGCAGAUGGCAUGUUGCAGACGGGCGUCACCAUGGGCUCUAAGACACUAAAGCAUUUCUGGCAAGGAGUCCAUUACCGCUGGGCCUUUUUCAUGGCCAGUGGUCUAUAUCUGGAUGACAUUGCAAAGCUGGUGGAUGAAGGAAAGAUUCAGCCAGUUAUUGAAAAAACCUUUCCUUUUUCUGAAGUUCCAGAAGCCUUUCUGAAGGUGGAAAGAGGACAUGCGCGAGGAAAGACUGUAAUUAAUGUCGUUUAAAUAAAUAGUGUUUGGUGA